AUGGAGUACCGAUAUGGCAAGCGACAGGGUGACGGAGAACACCUCCAGAAGUGGAUGGACAGUGCCUCUGCCACUAAGUCCUAUAUCCGUGGAGCCAAACUAAGCUGGUCCGAACUGAAGGGGGACGAAUGGGUUCACUGUCAUCAUCCCGCCAACCUCCCUCCUGGCCUUCUCCCUUGGGUUGAGGAGCUUGGUCUCCCAGCAGACAACUGUGAUGUUACAGCGCCAUCCCCAUACCAAUACAUGAUGGUUCGGACCCGCCACUUCAACCAGCCCCCGAUGAGCUGGAUCGGAUACAUUGGUCCGGGUGUUAUUUUCAUCAACCGCCUGAAGCGCGACAACAAGAGCCCCUUUUACUGCAGUGACCUGACUAAGGCUAUAUAUGAGCAGAGCUUCCCGCUCGAUGACUUGAAGCAUAUCUUCGUCACCGAGGUCGUCAACUAUGAUACUAGCCUUUGUGCUAUGGAGACUUACAUUAAUAAGGGUCUUAUUCCUCGAUUGGCUGGCUCGCGUACUUGGGAGCCUUACACUGAUGAGUUCAACGCUCUCCUUGGAACCAAGAUUGGUAAAACUAUUGCAUCGUUCAUCUUGGCUUCUUUUGGUCAAGGUAAAAAGCGUAUUGCUCGUAUCAAGACUGUUUAUGAUCAUUAUGGGGAUGACCUGGAUCUCCAAUUUGACCUGGAGAAUGUUCCUUCAUCUUAA